GCCACGGCCCUCAAGGCCCAGCACCGCGUCGCGCUCGACGCGCAGCGCGAGUCGAGCCGGAGCGCCGCCGCCGCCGCCGCGCGCGACGCCGCGGCCCGCGCCGAGGCGUCCGCCGCGGCCGCGCACGACGCCGCGUUCGCGCGCGCCGUCGACGCCCACGAGGCCCAGCUCCGGAGCGAGCGCGACCGCCACGCGGCGGAGCUGAGCGACGCGGCGCGCGAGUACGGCGAGGCCGUCAAGCAGACCCUCGCGGACGUCGACGUCGAGCACGCGGCGGCCGUCGCGGCCGCGGACGCGCGCGCGGCCGCCGCGGCGGACGCCGCGCGCGCCGAGGUCCGCGACGCGACGCGCGCGGCCGCGCUCGGCCUCGCGGCGACGACCGUCGCGCGCUGGGCCAAGCACCGGCGCCACAUGGCCUUCAAGACCUGGCUCGAGCGCGCGUCGCUCGCGCGCGCCGUCGCGUCCGUGCAGGACGACCACGACGUCGCGCUGAAGCAUUCCCUCGACUACGCGCACCGGGCCAUGAACAAGGUCCACGGCUACGGCAUCUUCGCGCGGGGCAUGGUCAAGCUCUUCAAGCAGCGCCUCAACCGCGCCUGGCGCCGCUGGACGCUCCGCGUGACGCUCGCGAAGAUCGACGACGACCGCGCGGCCGCGGACGCGGGCGCCGCGGCCGCGCUCGGCGACCUCCGGGACCACCUCGAGGAGGCGCACGCCGCGGCGCUCGAGAGCCAGGCCGAGGCCCACGCCGACGAGCUCCGCCGCGCGGGCGCCGCGCACGCCGCGGACCGCGACGCCCUCGCGGCGGACCACGAGUCCGCCCUGGCCUCCGCCGCGGAGCUGCUGACCCUCGAGAAGGACCACGACCACGGCGCGGCGCUCGCCGACGCGCUGCGGGCCCGCGACGACGACCACGCGCGCGCGCUCGAGGCCCGCGGCGCGGAGCUCGCCGAGGCGCACGCCGCGGAGCUCGCGGACCAGCGGUCCGCGCUCGUCGAGUCGCACGAGCGAACCGUUGAGGAGGCCGCGGCGCGCCACGAGGACGCGAUGGCCGCGCGGCGACGAGAUCACGAGGCCGCGCUCGCCGAGCAGCGGUCGUCGCUGGGCGAGUCGCACGAGACCGCCGUCGGGGAGACGGCGGCCCGGCACGAGGACGCCAUCGCCGCGCAGCGACGAACCCACGAGGCCGCCGUCGAGGAGACGCAGCGCAAGCACGAGGCCGAGAUGCGAUCCGCGACCGAGGCGCUCCACGUCGAGAAGGACCGCGAGCACUCGGCGCGGCUCACGGCCGCGCUCCGCGAGCGCGACGAGGCGCACGCCGCGGAGCGCCAGGCCGCCCUCGAAUACGACACCGCGGUGAAAGCGACGCUCAUCGAAAAGGACGAGGCGCACGCGGAGCGGCUCCUCGAGAUGGAAUCGGCCGCGUCGUCUCAGCUCGUCGACGUGAGCCAACAACUCCACGACACGCGGAAGAACGCGGGCGCAAGCCUGGCCGCGGGCAUCUUGUCUCGGCGGUCGAAGCUCGGCGUCCUUCGGGCGUUCCACCAGUGGAGCACCGACUCGCGGGAGCACCAGCAGCGCUCCCGGGAGAAGCGGCAGCACGCCGACGCGCUCAACGAGGCCGUGAGCUACACCCAGGAGUCCCUGAGCAAGAUUCACGGCGUCACCUGCAUGUCGCGCGCGCUCGACCGGCUCCAGCACGCGUCGCUCUUCCGCGCGUGGUCCAAGUGGAGCGGAUCGCUCCGAGCCCGCGACCACGCGGCGCGGCUCGACUCGCUGCGGAGCGAGGGGGACGCCGCGCAGCAGCUGCUCGUCGAGAAACACGACGCCUCGAUCCAGCAGAAGGAUCAAGAGUUCGCCGCGGCCCUCAAGGCGCGCGAGGACGAGCUCGUCGCCACGCACGAGGCCGAGCUGAAGGAUCGGGCCGAAAAGCACGCGGCGGAGCUCGAGCAAGCCCAGCAGGCGCACCAGCAGCAGCAGGACGUGCUUCGAGCGAAGCACGAUACCGAGCUCGCGUCGGCGACGGAGAUGCUCGCGCUCGAGAAGGACCACGACCACAGUUCAGCGCUCGUGUCCGCGCUGCGCGCUCGGGACGACGAGCACGCCGCGGCGAUGGAGAGUCGCGAGAAGGAACUCGUCGAGAGACACGCCGCGGCGCUCGCCGAGCAAAAGGCGUCGCUGUCCAAGUCGCACGAGGACGUCCUGGGCGAGGCCGCGUCUCGACACGAGGACGCCAUCGCCGCGCAAAGAAGAACUCACGAGACGGCCGUCGGGGAGACGGCAGCUCGGCAUGAGGAUGCCAUGGCCACGCAGCAGCGCAAACAUGAGACGGAGCUCCAGUCGGCAACGGCUACCCUCGGGGUCGAUAAGGACCGCGAGCGCCUCGAGGCC